UUGUUUAACUAUUCAAAAUUAACAUAGUAUUGUAGUUAAUUUCUCCCGAAUAAAUAAAUCUUGUAUUUAGGCCCUAGCUCUUAAAUUUAAGGUAAAUACCACGUACUUCGAUGUACCAAAAGCCGCGAGAUGAGACCCAGUGUGUUUUCAACAACUGGGACGGACUUGAUCGAUGUGGUGACUCCGCGUCAUUCCCUGCUAUCGGGGCGAUUUAAGCAGAGCUUUGCCUACAUAGCGCUGCAGGCGCGCAUGCCGGGUAUAAUGCAGCAGGUUAUCAAUACGCUGCGAUUUAGGGAGUAUGAUCUGGAGGAUCUCUAUGGCGAGGAGGUGCACAAGGAUGUACGCAUGAUAAUUGAGUCUAUUGAGCGCUUAAAAGGGGAACUUCAACGCGAUCGACAGUUUCAACUGUUCCAUGGCAAUGAGCCGGACAAGGCUGAGUGGAAUGCGUUUCUAUCGGAGCUGCCCCGCCCCAAACGAUCGUUCUUUCGAGCCAGCUGGCUACAUGCCGAGUGCUACCUGUACAGGCGCAUCAGCUCGUUCUUUGAAAAUAGCAGACAUCUGCAGAAUUUUGAUUACUUUGCAGACCUGAAGAAGGAAGACUUGCAGAUCAGUGGUCGUGCUAUUCGGUGCCUUACUGAGGCCACGCGUGGGCUGAGCAAGGAUUUUGAGUCCUUUAGCCAAUUGAUGCGCAUCAAUUUAUGGAGCAAUCAUUAUGAAAUACAACUUAAUGCCUUUAUCUUUGAUGCGCCUCAGGACCAUAAGAAUAUCGACGUGCUGGCCCGAGUUGCGGAUCUAGACAAGCGACUCCUGGUUGACGACAGUUUGCUAGUUUGGAACUGUCUGAUGAAGGCAAAAGGCGAAAAGCAGAUUAUUGUAGAUUACAUUUGUGACAAUGGCGGCUUUGAGCUGUUCACUGACUUGUUGUUCAUCGAGUAUCUGAUCGACCAUGAACUGGUUACCCAGGUGCGCAUGCAUGUUAAAGCCAUACCCUGGUACAUCUCCGAUGUACUCCGACACGACAUUGAAUGGACCAUUAAAUAUUUAAAGGACUACAACAUUGAGAUCAUCUCCACGCUGGGCAAAAAGCUAGAACGUCUAAUGAGCGAGAAGCGCAUUGUUAUAGCGCCUUUAUCACAUUUCUGGACGGGACCACAGUCCUAUUUUGUUAUGGUGGAUUCCAAUAUCGAACUGUACAGGUUUCUUACUAAGGCGCAGCUGGCCAUUUUCAAGGGGGAUCUGAACUAUCGCAAGCUGCUCGGCGACUACAUCUGGGAUUCGACAGAGGAGUUCAUCACAUGUCUGCGUGGCUUUCGGCCAACAAACAUAUGCGCCAUGCGCAAUGUUAAGUGCGAGGUAAUCUGCGGGCUGCCCGAGGGUUGUGCCGAUCAUUUGCUUAAGGUCGAUCCCACAUGGAUGAUAUCGGGCAGCUAUGGCGUUAUUCAGUACACCGACAGCUUGAAGUGCAAGUGCGAUGGCCAGGAUUCUGCCUGCUCUCUCACUCUGAAAACUUCGCCGCUGUGAGCCAUGUUUCACUAGUGGACAUUUACAUAUGUCCCGCCCCGGGCCACACACAUAGCUGCUCCUUAGCGCCUUCACCUCAGUACGUCCUGCAAUCAGCAGCCAACGCAUUGACGUCUCAUCGCCGGCAGUUAAAACUGCUGUAUUUCUUUUUUGUUUAUUUUUUUUUAUUAAAUUUACUUUGCAAACGCGUCCGCGACUGCUACUGCAGCUGGCCACAAGUCGAAAGGGGAGAUUGGGGGCUGGGCUAUGUCUUAAUUUGCAUUACGCUGCCAGCGUAGAAAACUCACAAUGCCCAAAAUAAAUGAGCCCAAAUUUGUCAGCGCACUUUGCCCAAAUCAAACUGCAUCGUUACGCCCACCAACUGCGCAUGGAGGCAGGAAUUUGUUCAUUUUGGCUCCGUGCCACCUGCAUUUCUCCGGCCUAAGCUAAUCUAGACCUGGCCAGACCUGGCCGGGCCUGCCCAGCGGCCCGGCCAAUUGGCGUGUGACUAAUGCUGUUGGUUUUAUUGAUGUGGCGCACAUGCGCAGCUAUUUUUAUGCGAGGAGCUGCCGGCGUAGAGAGUCUUUUUUUAGCCGACCAAUUGAAAAUGGAAAGUUGUGAAAAUCAACAUAUGAAAGAUGUGCGAAAUUUAACUAAUAUGUGUAAUUUAUAUGCCUUUACGAUUGAAGUCAACAAAAAAGCUCAUCUAAGUAAAAAUGGUUCACUAAUAAUUAUAAAAAA